UCGUGGCGCUUCAGUCGAUGGUCAUCCUCCGUAAGUGACGGAUCGUUUCGUUUUCUAGUUUCUCUUCCUCAUAAUAAUUGUCCCUUUUUUAAGUUUUCAUUUCGCAGAACAUUUUAUCAAGGAUCAUUCUGAACGAGGAAACAAUCCUUAAAAAAUUUAUCUCACGUAUACGUAACUUUGAUCGAAGAUAAGGAAAAAAAUAAAAAAAAAAAAAAAAAAAAAAAAUAUCAGUGUCGAGUCCCAGUGUUUUAAUUACAGUGUCGAUUAUGAUGCGCGAUCAACGGCUUUAAUUUUUUUUAUAAUUAUACCCUGUUACAAAUCAAACGUCACGGAAAUUUUGCGACUAGAUUAUGAACAUCUUUAGAUCUUUUUGGAUUUUUAGUCAAUAACAAUGGCUUUCUUGAGCGCGACAAAAUGACGAUGAGGUGACGUCAUCAAAUAAAUUCAAUUCGUAGUGUCACGAUUUGCUACUACGAUGAUGACAAUGGACAGAUCAAAGAAACUGGAGAACAGGACGUAAUUAACAGGACGUGAUACUUUUGGAAAAAUGAACGGACCGGUUUAUGCGUCCUCCUGUCCUACACUACAAUCGAAUCUCUCUUUACAUAGUUCAUCAUAUUAUAGCGAAUACAGUGGCACAACUAGAAGACGAUUGUCAUCGACCGGUGAGGCUGAUACUUCCGCUACUUCGAGCUACGAAGGAAGCGACAGCUCCGAAAACAGCGACGAAUCACGAUUGGAUCCGGUUAGCCAAAUGGAACGCGAACAAUUGGAGACGUUCUUUCGUGGACUGAAAUCACAGGUAUUCGUAUGCGAAUCACUGGCAAACUUGUAUCUUGGUAGCGCCUCGCAAACAGAAAGGUGGGAACUUCGAUUCACCGGAAUACCGGUUGUCGUCCUCGAUCUUGGAGAAACACGAUCAAGAUCUAAAAGACGUAUUCAGAUUUUAUUAGCUGAGCGAGGCACUUGCUUCACAUUGUGGCGAGAAACUAUUGAUAAUCUUUCAUCCUAUAAGGUAUCGGGACCAGCAUUUCACACAAUGUGUCUCUCAUCGGACCACACACGUUUGGCUGGAUUGAGCUUCGACAAUCCGAAAGCAGCGAACGAUUUGUGGCAGCACAUAGAACGACUAGUGUCGUGUCCAGAGAACAUAAGUCUCUCGGUGCCAGGUAAAAAGAAAAAGAAGGUGCCGCAGAAGAAGGUCGUCCUACCAGCGAAGAGCAACAUAAGCCAGCCAUGCCAAUUCCAGCACGUGACGAGCGUCGAUGCUGCCGAUCGAUCGCGAUAUUUCUCCCUUCAAACGUUGGUGCCAGCCUUGAGCGAGUUAGAGAACUCCCUCGAGGCAAGUUUCUGAGUCACGGACAACCUCAUGAAAUCCUCGUAGUUUCACUUCACCUCUUCACCUUAUAUCGAAUCGAAUCUUCUUUCUUUUUUUUACAAUGAGAGUAUCAUUAUAUGUGGAGUUAACAAGAAUUCCGUUUAUUUUUUUUUUUUUUUUUUUUUUUUUUUUUUUUUUUUUUUUUUUUUAAGCAAAAAUAUAUCCCAUUUUCCGAUUAAAGAGAAAUAAUUUGCAAAGGAAAAUUGACGAUGAUAGGAAUCGAUACAUUUCCAUCGAGUUCAGAUUAAAUUCACUUAUCCGGUAAUUUUAUUUGAACUUCUUGAUAUUUCAUCGAUUUCAUCGUCAUAGAUUUUAUCAUACCGUUUCUGGAUAUUGGAUAAAUGGAAGACUGAAAUUCAUCUAAGUUUUCGGGGAAUCAUUUAUUUUCGUUACAGGAUAUCAUUAUAUACCUAGAUGGGAUAUUGGAUUAUUUCGAAACUCUUUACGUCGCCUUUCAUAAAUCUGCAUAAUAAAGAUAAAAGGCUGACUGUUUUUACAAGAAUCAUAUUAUUUCGUUCCAAAUCGAUACUCGUAAAAUACAAGGAAUUACGACGAAAUUACUAGGAACUUGAAAGAAAUACUCGAAAUUUACGUUCAAUUAUUUUACAGUGAAUAACGAAGAAUGAGUAUUUCAAUGAGAAAUACAUGAAGCGUGACACGAAAUUAUAGAACAUAAUGAGCGAAAAAAAUUACAAAAAAAAAAAGAGCGUUAAAAACUUGUCUCGUUUCUGUAUAUUCAUUAUUAUUCACUUUUGUAUAUUCUGUCAUAGGCAUACACCGUGGUCAUGAAUGUUAAUUUCACGAAAAUAGAUUA